AUGAACAUUGAGACAAUUAUUCCGAACAAGAAAGAAAGCCGAGUUCGUGUUUUGAUCAGCUAUCCAAAUUCAAGAGUUGUUGUGAAGGAAUCGUUUGAUAAACUGACCUCUUCCCUUAUAAAAAAUAUUGCUCUUAAAAACUGGAGUACUGUUGCGAAUAUUGUGUUUAAGCAUACCGAUAUCCGGGAGCACCUACCUAAAGUUUUGAACAGGGAAGUCGGCGCAGAAUUUCGUUCGUUCAGUUCUGACAGCAUUUUAAGCGGGUCUUCACCAGAUGAAUUAGCUGCAUUCAGCAAUAAAAUCCUUGUUCACGAAGUUAAUGUUAAAUGCCCACUUUGGUCAGCAACUAUGAGUGGAGCCUGUGGCGCAUCACCUCAAAACUGUACAUGUACAUCUUCUCAAAACCGUGUGGACCGUGCCUUGAAUGCUAUGGCCCUUGCUACGUCCGCUUUAGCAAGAUCUAGGAAUGCAAAGUUAUCUGCUUAUGCAUACAGAAUCUCGCUAAUAUUAUUUAAAAGUGGUGCAAGUUACUAUGACAGAGUCCGGCUUAACCGUCUUGGUAUCUGCAUGUCCCCUGAAAGUGUGGUAAAUCUCAAAAAAAAGAUGGGCAUGUCAACAGACACCAAAGUAUUAUCAUGGAAAAAGAAUGUGGAGGAAAACCUUAAAGCUCAGAAUUUUAUUAAGGAAGUGGAAACUAUUCAAACCCAUCGAGAGGAAGAUGACAUGAUUUUGGAUGAAGUUACAUUUGACUUGAUUGAGAAAGCUGUGCAAGAGUACCCAACAUUUAGCAAACCAACACAUGAGUAUUGUGUCCAACUGGCAAAAAAAUCAAUGCACCAACUUAACCAUGGUUGCAUUAACAAAGCUGUUUUGGAAGAUGUGAUGCAUUUGCUGCAAAGUCAGAAACUUCCACUCUACAAGUCAGCAUAUUUUAAAUGUAAACAGUGCUGCCACUCUAAACAUCAUAUUUUCACCUAAAGCGAAUGCUAAAAAUCCAUACGUUUCCCCAAUGCCUCAAACAUAUAUUUCCCCCACCCCCAUACAAAUAUAACAUUUUCCGUAAAUUUUCCCUUUUUAUGCCAACAUUUUACAUGGUUGAUCAUUCCAGGAAAACCUGGAUAGUGCAUCCUAAUUUGCAUUCUGAUGAUCCACAUACUUUCGAAAUCAGAAUAUCACAGUAUAAAUUAUGAUAAAAAAUUUUGAAAUAUGUCCAUUUGUUACAAAUCAAGUGCUUAUGUGUUUAAAUUCGCUUUUGAGUUAAGCAAGGUGCAUUUUCUGUAUGAAACCUGGUAAAUGUAACUGAAAAUAUGCUGAAAAUAACCAUAACAAAAAAAAUAACAAAUAAAAAAACAAAAAUAAAAUAACCUUUUUUCCCCAUAAGUAUCUCCUUAUUGCAAUUUGUAGGGAGUAGGAGAAUCUCCUACUCCCUACAAAUUGCAAAAAUCUCCUAUUAGUAUAAUUACAUAGGUGAUUAUUGUAAAUUCUCCACGCUGAUUGGUUGUCGUUGAGGUGAUUAUUACGUGAUAAUCACCUAAGCGAUUUUCAAAAUGGGGGCCGAAGCCUUUUUGUCAAUUAAAUGACGAAGAAAUGUGUAUUUUCUUAUUUUUCCCCAAAUAAUCACCUAUGAAAUUAUACUAAAACAAUUAUUCACCUCAGGCUCGGUGAUUAUCGUGAAUAAAAACCUCGACUUCGUCUCGGUUUUUAUUCACCGAUAAUUGCGUUGCCUUUGGCGAAUAAUUGUUAAAUGUAGGGGGAUCUCCCUUACGAAUAUGUGGCAGCUAUGUUCAUAAAUUAUGUAAUUGCUUUAGUACAGACCCUGGAUUAAUAGCAGCAUAGUGAUUGCUGAUCGUGUAUAGUUAUAUAUUAAGUAUAUAGAAUAUAAGAUCAGUCACCAUUAUAGUACUGUAUUGUAGCUACAGUUCUAUCAGCAGAUUAUCUAAGACAAACGAUUCUGUAUACUUUUCCCUCAUAGAUUAGUUGGUGAUAAUAUUGACUAUCACAUUCAAGCUAGAUACCAGUCCACUGACCGCACAAACCAGUCCAUUCAUUGGACCCAACAGUAUGCUGUGUUGAACAGAAUUGAUAUAUCUUCAUUUGACAACUCCAAACCACUAAUGAUGCUGAGAGACAUACAACUAUCAAAUGUCCUUCCAAGCAAUGCUGUACUGAAAAGUUUCAAAUGGAACUGUUCAAUCUUGGUUAGCAGAGUCAUCAGCAAAUAUCUUGAUAGUUUCAAGCACUUGCAAGACUGUGUAGUGCGACAUAUCUCCCAUAAAUAUUCAAAAGAAAUGUCACAGAAAUCAGACAUUGUAAGUCAUCUCACUACAUAAAAAUAAAAUAAUGGAGGGUUUUCUACAUAUAUAUAGCAAUAGGAACAGUGGUUAUACUCGAUAUUUCCCAGGAGCAUAUGAUACUGACAUGUCCGACCUGAAGUCUUUGUUAGUGGAUCCCAUUUCAUGUUUCAUCCAGUAAAAUGUUUUGUCUUUAUAUGCUAAUGAAAUAACCACUGGGGCAUCUACCCAUGAGUAGGCCCUUUGCUUGCCACAGUAGUGAAGCAAUAUUUUCAGAUGAGCUGUGCCCUUUUGAUCAUUAGUAAAACAUCAUCCUUGUUGAAAAUUAAUGCUGCAACUGCCUGCUUUAAUUCUCAUAUCUAAUUUUCACAUUCUCGAUGUUCCAUUUUAUAAAAUUCAGGACAGCAUGGUCUUUAUUAGCCUGCUGAGCCUGCCAUGCAGGCUACUGGUCUUUAUGUAUACAUAACUGUGAGGGGAAAAGGCCAUCAUUGAGACUUAUCCCCAGUAGUUGUAAUUUCUUAAAAAAUGCCCAGUAAUUAUGUAAUAUUAAACCAAAAUAAAAACUGUUAAAAAUGUUCUGAUAUUAUGCAAAGUUGUAGAAGCUUGUUUUCCUGACACAUUUUCUGUUACAUGACUUCAUCGUAUUGUUAUAUAGUCAAAGUGGCAUUUAUGUGUCAGUGAUAAAGUCUACAUUAAAUUUUUAAAAAAUCCCAAUAUGAAGAAAGAGUUAUGCAGUUAUGGAUGAUCCUUGCCCAAAACUUUUAUUUGAAAAUAAAUGUAUUUUUAAUUAUUUUUAUAGUGUUGUCUUGGACUUCAGUUUAGUAAUCCCAAUAUCGCAGGAGAAAUGGCCCAGCUUAUCAUGACCAACCAACAAAAGUAUGCACCAUCUAAUAUGGUAAAUGAUGUACCAGAUAUUCUCAUGGAGGUACCAAUGCAUGGUGAUCAGUUAUUUGAAGAGCGCUGUAGAAAUGUUCAAUGGACAUUUCAGGAUGGAAUAAGUAAAUAUGAUCGACUAGAAGGCAUUACAACUGAAGCAGCUGACUGGCAUGCAAAAGUAAAUUUGUACAAUGUAUGUCUUUUAGAAGAUAAGUUUCAACUCUUUCACACCCAACUUCCAGGAGCUGGGCCUACAUUUACCAGUAAACUAGACUGAUCUCAAACAGUGCUUGUGUUUGAAGACACACAAUCAUAGGACAUAUGGGAAGGAAAACAUUAAUGGGGCAGAAAAAAAUUUGCCCAACUUUUUCCCAUUGUACCCGACUUGUCAAAACAAUUUUCCAUGCAAACUUUCCAAAAUUGUUGUUGACAGGUGGGGCGGGGGGAGGGGGUGUAUUAUAAUUUAUUAUGAUUUUUAUAUUGAGGGGAGAGGGGGAAACACAAUUUUUGACUAUUAUAUUUAGCAUAUUUCCCCCAAUAUUGAAGGAAUUUCUCCUAUUUGUUUUUAUAAUAAUUAGCCAAUAUUGCCUGAAUGUGAAGCAAAUAUUGCCCGACUGGCCUGGUCUGCCUAACAAAUUGGGGGCAGCUCCUGCCCCCCCCCCCUGCUGUCCUGUACGCCUAUGCACAAUGUACUUUUUACUACAACUACAUUACAUUUCUUAUGUGUUAGCAAAAUACAAGCAUCUAUGAUUAUUAGUUUUGCAAACAUAUAGAAUACAUUACCACUAUUUGUAGGUAUACUGCCUGCCAGGUAACACCCAUGAAUGUAAUUUUCAUGUUUUUUAACAGAUUGAAUUUGACAUAUUUGUCAGUGAAUCAUCUGCAGCACAGAUAGGAACAAGUAGAGCAACAAUGAAUCGAACUGGAAAGACAAGGGCUGCUCAAGGUGUAGAGAAACAUUAUAACGAGUACAAGGACUUUCACCAGGCUGAAAUCGAGGCACAUAUAUGUGCAUCGUUCAUGGAGAUGAUAAGUUUAAAACAAAUAGAGAGUAUGUUAUAUUUUUUAAUGUUUGAUGGACUGCUGUAACCUAUGAAAAUGAUAAAAAGGGAAAUAAUAUGAUUGUACACUGUAAUACAGUAUUUUAUGUAAUCUGACAGAUAAACCAAACAUGACAAUGCCAACAUCAGAUGUUGGAAAGGAAAAUAGAGGAAGAUGGUUUUUGGAAUUGUGCCAAAAAUACAUUGACCAAUAUAUUGGAGGAGAAGAAAUUAGUGGCUUGGUUGAAAAAGUGGGUGAACUAAAUGCAAAAUCUCAUGGUCCUUUUCUCUGUCGUUUUGAAGGAUGUCAAUAUAAAAGUGCCUACCACUCUACAAGAGUCAAGUAA